UUGUCCACGUCCAGCAAACUAAAAAGCAAAGCAAAAGGUGGAAGUGGGUUAGUCGGAGCUGCAGAAGUGGUGCUGCGGGGUCGCCGUGUGACUCCAGAGGAUCAGGCAACACAGCAGACAUGGAGGAGACGGGCGGUGCAAGUGCGUACGGGGCGUCGCUGGCAGGCGCAGGCUUCGACUUCCACAAGUUUGUCCGACAGCCGCAAACCAUCGUGCGGAUCCUCAGCUGGAUCUUCGCCAUAGUUGUGUUUGCCUGCAUCACGACAGAGGGCUACGUGAACCCCUCCCACAGCCCCGAUGCGAAGUGCAUCUUCAACCAGAAUGACUCGGCGUGUAACUACGCUGUUGGCAUUGGGGUGAUCGCCUUCCUGGCCUGCGUGGGCUUCCUGAUGUUAGAUGCUUACUUUCCUCUCAUGAGCAACGCAGAAGAAAGGAAGUAUGUUGUCCUGGCUGACCUGGGAUUCUCAGGGGUGUGGACCUUCCUGUGGUUUGUGUGUUUCUGCCUGUUGGCUAGUCAGUGGGGCCGCACACACGAUGUCAGCGGGAUCCCUGAGGACGCUGCGCGAGCCACUGUGGCCUUCUCGUUCUUCUCUAUCGCCACCUGGGGAAUCCUUGCCUACUUUGCUUUGGGUCGUUACCGACGUGGCGUUGGUGAUGUUGCUGUGCCAACCUACGUCGAGCCCCCACCGGAUCACCACACGCCCUACCCCCCGACUUACGCCCCAACCCCCUACACCCCCACCACUUACUCGGCAUAUCCCAGCAGUGGGCCGGACCUGCACCAGCAGCCGCCCUUCAUCCCGACGCCGCAGCCACAAGGAGACGAAGGCUACCAGCCCCCCACCUACUGAGGUCGAGCGAGGAGACAGAGGAGGUGUUGUUCCAGGUGCCGUCACAUCUGAGAGCCUGAGCAGUCCAGCUGUGAGUUGGAGAUGGGGAACACUGCGGUUUAGGUAGAGGGUUGUAGAUCCUUUGUCUGUGUUCAGACCUCAAUACACCAGGCUGAUCGUUGAGAUUAGCUCUGAUGAUUGGGUAAUCUGAUUUUAGAUCUGUGUGCAAAGAUGAAACUUUUACCUCAAGGGGGCUAAUCCUGAAAAGGAUAAGUAGAGGGACUUUGUUCACACGACAUGCACGUUAAAGGUCACGUAAUGUAGAAUAAUCCACCAGUAAGAGCUCCUGUGGAAGCGGCCAGCCCUUCAGCUGUUCCUCCAUGUCCUCUGUUGGAAUCUGAACUUGGAACCCAAUGCCUUUUGAUCCAGAAGAAUGUGCAUCUGUACUUAGAUAUGACUAUGCAAAACUGCCAUUUUAAUGGUUACAUGUUUAUUUUUCCUGCACUUGGUUUAGUGUCAGUAUUUUGCUUUUCCAUCCAGCGCAUUCAAGACCUGUAAGUGAAGACAAAUUUAUUUAAUUCUGUAAUCUUGGUUCUGCAAGUACCAGGUCCAAUGGCAAAACCCAGCUGACACCAAAUGUUUCCAUAUAGAAAACCUUGUUUGAGGGCUGUUUCUUGGCCCCACAUUGGCUCUAAAGAGAUGAAACACUCUUUUUUUUUUUUUCUUUGUCUCCUUAGCAUUUAGUUUAUCUGAUAAUCUGAUAACUGCAAGGCCAUGCUCGGACGAAAACCUUGCUUAAAACAUAGAAAGACUGCUUGUGUGUGCUAUGUUUGUCUUCUCUGCAAAUUAUUGACGUUUUGAAUACCAGCUUAACCAACAGCCAUUUUCAGGGGGGGAUUGUGCAACAGUAGAACUUCCAUUUGUUUGAUCAAAAGUGGGUUACAGGUGUCAAAUGUAGAGACAUUUUUUGAAUAUUCAUGUGCAAGUGUUGGUUUUAAGUAAAGUGAUGUAACAUUCAGAUUGACAGGAGGCACCUGCAGAUAACUAGGUACUUAUUGAACAGGUUUAUCUAGCAGCUCUGUCCUCAUGCUGAGUAGUAACUUAUUAACCACCAGCGACAAAACUGCCUCUGUGGCCCGUGCAAAGCGAAGCCUCAGACUUCCUCAAGGCUGUUGGUGGUAGAUAGUUUUGACACAGAUUAUUUAAUCAUGUUUACAGGCUACAUUAUCUAAACUUCAGAGACCAACACUAGGAAGGCAGACUUCCGUGUGUCACAGGGAUAUUUAAACACCUCAGCAACACCACCACUGGUUUACUUUGUCGAUCGUGCCUUACAGUAAGUUUUCAGUUUGAUCCCCAAGUGGCCUUGACCAGCUGCCGCGGCUCGCCCAAAACUGGACACAAAAGUUGGGUCUAAGGUUGCUUUUUUUCCCCAGUACUUCUGUCCCAGCUAGCAGCGCUGCCUUAGUGUGUAAGCUGAUCUUAGAUCUGUGCAAAUGACAGGCUGGAAUGUAAAUGCAGUUCUAUUUAUUGCGCGUGAUGCCAUGUUGUGAUACGAUAUUGGGAGCACUUACAGCGGUGCAAAGACAUAGUUCAUAUUUAUUUAAGACGUGCAACUGACUAAAGUUGUUUAUUCAGAAUUAAACACAUACACAACUUACUGAACCCAAGACACUGUGCUAUUAAUUUCAAUCAUUUGUGCCUCAAGGGGAAGUUUUCUUGUACAGGGAAGUAAAUGUAAAACACUGACUAAAAUGCACAUUUAAAGGUUGCCAACUUACAUGCAGGCUACACAAACAUGUAUCACAUCUGCUUUUGUUGCUGUGCUUGAGCCAGUUUGCCAUCAUUCAUAAUCAUGCUGUGGCAUAUAAAUAAAUAUUUUCCCUGUUUAAUGCACCCUCAACAAAAACAACAUAUUGCUAUGACCCACUGAGCUAAAUCUAGAUUUAACCGCCGUAGUUUGUCAGCUGAUUGUAAAUUCAUCGUGGGUAUGCCUUCAGACCCACUGUCCAAGACAAACUCCAGCUGCCAUCCCAUCGUGUAGUAAAGGCCAAUAAUGGUUGCAAUGAGAUAACUAAGAAAUUAAAAGUUAAAAAUAAUAAUAAUAAAUUGAUCAAAUUUGGCAGUUCAAUGAGAUGUGCAUUGUACCUCAAUUUCCCUGUUAUUGACAGAUUAAUUUACCUUAUUUAAGCAAGGUCCACAUUUUAGAUAUGAAUGUACUAGUUUUCGGGAAAUUAGAUUAAUAGAAAUAACUUGUUCAUAUCUUAUGAUUUCUAUUAGAUGUUUUAUAAAAAAUGGUUAUGUUUUGGUUUGCUUGUUUUGCUGUAUCACAUGUAUACAUUUUUUUUUUUAAUUUUAUUUUAUUUUUUCCAAUUAAAUUGAGAUAUGAAGUUGCUAAAUGCUCUUUUGCUUAUAUGUUUUUGUCAUUUUCAAGUCAUGGUGUCAAAAGCACAACAAACAGCCAUCUACUUGAAAAGUAGACUUUUUGUUUAUGUGUGAAAGUCAUAGAAUAAAAUCAUUCACCGUA